CGUUAUUUGUGCAUUUUAAUGUUUAUUUAUUUAUAAGUUGUUUUAUGAUAUAAGUAAGUGAUUAUUAUCAUGAAUAAGCGAAAUUCUUCACAGCCUUGGAAUAAACAAGUUAAAAAGUUUAAAAAUGAUGAUGAUGAAGAUGAAGAAUUUUCUUCUAAUUUUGAAGCCGAACUUGCGGCUAUGGAUAUUGAUGAGGUCCCUACACAGAUUGCUUUCGGAGAAGGACCAGAAAACCAGCUGACUUGUCAGAAAUGGUGCCGUCCAGAUGCACCAAAUUUUAAACCAAAAGAAGAUACAAUCUAUUUUCAACAAAUUGAUAUUGAUCAUGAAAUUGGGGCACCUUUACCUGGAAUGCCUGGAUCUCAGAUUGGUCCUGUACCCAUAAUGCGUAUGUUUGGUAUAACUAUGGAAGGAAAUUCUAUAUGCUGUCACGUUCAUGGAUUCAGUCCUUAUUUAUUUGUAACAGCACCAAAAACUUUUGAUGAUUCUCAUUGUGAGCCUUUCAAGACUGCUCUAAACAAAGCUGUGAUAGCUGACAUGCGCUCCAAUCGUGAAAAUGUCACUGAAGCAAUUUUAUCGGUAGAAUUGGCAAAAAGAAAAUCUUUGAUGCAUUAUAGUGGAGAUUCUGAUAACUUAUUCAUAAAAAUAACAGUUGCUUUGCCAAGGUUAGUAGCUGCUGUUAAAAGAUUAUUGGAGAAAGGCGAUAUUUAUCCAGAUGGGGGGCUACAUGAUUAUAGAGCAUUUGAAACCAAUAUUGAUUUUGAUAUCAGGUUUAUGGUUGAUACUGGAGUAGUAGGAUGUUCAUGGAUUGAAUUACCGGCCGGCAAGUGGAGGUUACGAAAUGGUUUUUCUAAUCCAAAGCCUAUAUCUCGGUGUCAAAUUGAGGUUGAUAUAGGCUGGGAUGCUUUUGUUGCCAAAGUUCCUGAAGGCGAUUGGGCUAAAGUGGCACCAUUUCGAAUAUUGAGCUUUGAUAUUGAAUGUGCUGGAAGAAAAGGAAUAUUUCCUGAGCCUCAACAUGAUCCUGUGAUACAAAUAGCUAAUAUGGUAAUUACACAAGGAGAACAAGAACCAUAUUUACGGAAUGUGUUUACCUUGAAGUCAUGUGCUCCAAUUGUUGGUUCUCAAGUAUUAUGUUAUGAUAAGGAAGAGGAGUUGUUAGAAGCUUGGGCAGCAUUCAUCAGAGAACUUGAUCCAGAUGUGUUUACAGGAUAUAAUAUAAACAACUUUGAUUUUCCCUAUUUACUUCGAAGAGCCGCACAUCUGAAAGUGAAAAAUUUUGAUUUUUUGGGACGAGUUCGAGACAAAAAGUCAGUUUUAAAAGAAACUGUACUGCAGUCAAAGCAAAUGGGUCGUAGAGAGAAUUACGCAAUAAAUUUUGAAGGCAGGGUUCCCUUUGAUUUGUUACUAGUUUUAUUGAGAGAUUAUAAAUUGCGGUCUUAUACCUUGAAUGCAGUAAGUUUUCAUUUCUUACAAGAACAAAAAGAAGAUGUCCAUCAUAGUAUUAUAUCUGAUCUGCAAGCUGGGAAUGAACAGACUAGAAGAAGAUUGGCUAUGUAUUGUUUGAAAGAUGCUUAUCUUCCAUUGCGGUUAUUGAAUAAAUUAAUGUGUAUUGUCAAUUACAUGGAAAUGGCUAGGGUAACUGGUGUCCCUCUAGGUUGUCUCUUAACGAGGGGCCAACAAAUCAAAGUAGUCAGUCAACUCCUUCGAAAGUCUAAAGAAGCUGGCUAUUUAAUGCCAACAUAUAGUGGACAAGGUUCUGAAGAACAAUAUGAAGGUGCUACUGUAAUUGAACCCAGAAGAGGAUAUUAUGCAGAUCCUGUGAGUACUUUGGAUUUUGCAUCACUAUAUCCUAGUAUUAUGAUGGCUCAUAAUUUGUGCUACACUACAUUAAUUCAACCAGGACAGAAGGAAAAAUUGGGAUUAACUGAUGAUCAGGUAACUAGAACUCCCUCAAAUAACUUGUUUGUGAAGUCAUCAGUUCGUAAAGGAUUGCUGCCGGAAAUUUUAGAAUCUUUGCUUUCAGCAAGAAAAAAAGCAAAGGCGGAUCUUCGAGAUGAGAAAGAUCCUUUUAAGCGGUCUGUUUUAGAUGGUCGUCAACUUGCAUUAAAAAUUAGUGCAAACAGUGUUUAUGGUUUUACUGGAGCACAAGUUGGCCGAUUACCAUGUCUAGAGAUAUCUGGGAGUGUAACUGCUUACGGUAGAACUAUGAUAGAACAAACCAAACAAGAAGUAGAGCGUAAAUAUACUAUUGCUAAUGGUUAUGAAAGUGAUGCUGUGGUAAUUUAUGGAGAUACAGACUCUGUCAUGGUCAAUUUUGGUGUUAAGAGUUUGGAACGAAGUAUGGAAUUAGGUCGAGAAGCUGCAGAGUUUGUAAGUCAGAAAUUUAUUAGGCCAAUAAAGCUUGAGUUUGAAAAAGUUUAUUUUCCAUAUUUAUUAAUAAAUAAAAAAAGAUAUGCUGGUUUGUAUUAUACAAGAACUGAUAAAUAUGAUAAAAUAGAUUGUAAGGGUAUUGAAACUGUACGAAGAGAUAAUAGUCCCUUGGUUGCUAACAUGAUGAACAUGUGUCUUCAAAAAAUUCUAGUGCACAGGGAUCCAGAAGGUGCUGUAGAAUAUGCUAAACAAGUAAUUUCAGAUUUACUAUGUAAUAAAAUUGAUAUUUCACAAUUAGUUAUCACAAAAGAACUUUCAAAAAGUGAUUACGCUGCCAAACAAGCCCAUGUAGAAUUAGCUAAUAAAAUGAAGAAACGAGAUGCGGGCACUGCACCCAAACUAGGUGAUCGUGUACCAUAUGUUUUAUGUGCAGCAGCUAAGAAUACUCCUGCAUAUAUGAAAGCAGAAGAUCCAAUAUAUGUAUUAGAAAACAGUAUUCCAAUAGAUAGUGCUUAUUAUUUGGAAAAUCAAUUAUCGAAACCUUUAUUGAGGAUUUUUGAACCUAUAUUAGGUGAUAAAGCUGAAUCUCUCCUCUUGCGUGGUGAUCACACAAGAACUAAAUCUAUGGCCACAUCUCGUGUUGGAGCUCUAUCUGCAUUUACAAAGAAAAAGGAAGCAUGUAUAGGAUGCAAAGCGUUACUUCCAGCAGGUUAUGAAAAAGGAGCUUUAUGUCCUCAUUGUAUUCCUAGACAAUCUAUACUAUAUAUCAAUGAAAUGGAAUCGCAAAGAAAUCUUGAAGAAAAAUAUUGCCGAUUAUGGACCGAAUGUCAAAGGUGUCAAGGUUCUUUACACGAGGAAGUGAUAUGCACCAACCGGGACUGCCCAAUUUUCUACAUGAGGAAAAAGAUUCAAAUCGAAUUAGAUACUCAAGUCAAACGUGUUGAACGGUUCGGUUUACCGAGCUGGUAAGAUUCAUUCAAAGACAAAUAAAUAUUUCUU